GAAGUUUUGCAAUGCUUUUUAACAGCCUUUCUCGAUGGACGAUAACGUUACCACACGAUAACGAUGAAACUCGUCUGUCAAGUGUUAUGGAUUGAGGGAUCAAGUCGGAUCGACAUUUUUUCAGAUCCCAUAGGUGAAGAAUAACAGGGUGCACAGAAAGCAGAGGAUACGAAGAGGAUGAGAGAAGAUGAACGUAACGCAGGCGCGUUUAAAGGAACUCGUGCGCGAGUGGUGUUCAUGUCUGUAACGCUUUCAAGAACUCCGGCGGGAGCUGCGAUUCUUCCUUUCAGUUUAGCGUGGUCCCGCUUCCGAAACUUAUGUCGUGUAUUAUUCUCGCCGGGUAGAAGGUAGUUCGAUCGUAAGUUUCGAUUGUGCGCUUCAUCGAAAAUAGAUACGGAACGAUAAAAUCGACGUAUAAACGCGUUAAGAGUUAAUCGAGGAAGAAAUUCGGAACGUUAAUAACAAUUCGACGAGGGUUAAGUAUAGUGGAGAUAAAAAGUUUACAGCCCGCUAAUGAUUGUGGUUUAAUCUUCUCGCCCAUUAAUUAUAGUGAAUCGUAAAAACAAUUGAUAGAAUUCGCGGAAUAUCGUUGAUUAGAAAAUGUUAGAAAGGAUAGUCUAUCUGAUACGUAUAAGGAAGUGACUCUGCAAAGCUGCAUUUACUUCCAUUUGAAAAAGUAAAUAUUUAAAGCGAACAUGGUGGAAUUCUUUAAAGUAUACAUGUAAUUUAAACAGAUACACUCAAUGUCUCACUCAAUGCAAACCUUUUGCCGGUUUAAGUGAACGUCUCGUAACGUGUAAGAACUAUUCAUACGUAUACUUCUCUCGGUAAAUAUUCGCGCCGUGGCUGUUUGUACAACGACGAGAUUUAUAAAUAUCCGAAUGCAGUUAUUUAACUUGUUUUGUUUCUGGAAAAUUUAGUGCAAUUUUCAAUCUUUAGCACGUUUCGUCUCGCGUUUUGUAUAUAAAUUAGUCGAUACGGGUUUUAUCGCAUACACAAAAAUACCACCCUCGAUCAUCGCAUCCCAUCGCAGAAAUAUUUAUUUAUAAAAUACAGCCAUUCUGUAUCGCGGUUACUUCCCUGAAAUUUAUUUACCCUUAUCCUCACGUCGUCGUUACUUGAAUUACGAAUACGAAAUUGCUCGUAUAUCUCAGACGCGUGUAGGUAUAUAUUACACACGAUAUAUUUAUAGAAAAAUAUGCGAUCACUAUACAGGGCGAUCCUGUUAAUGACAGCUUGAUUCUUAUGAAAAAAAGGAAGACUCGCGGAAUAUCGUUGAUUAAAAAAUGUUAGAAGACUCAAUGGGAAUGAGAAAACAAAGAGCUACAUUUUACGCAUUUAUUCUCAACUUGGAAUUCAUCCUACGAUCAAAUUAUUUGGCUAUGUAUAGUCCAUUCUGCCGAUUCUAGACUUCGCGAGGAGAAUAAAUUGACUGGAAGCUAUUUGAUAAUUGAGAAUGUUGACAACCUCGUUGAAUUUUCACAGUUAGAUAGAUAACGAAAUUGAUGUUAACAAUCCUCUCAUACCAUUAUGCGAUUAAUCGACAGGUAUACUUUUGAGAAAAUGGCGAAGAUAAUGAUACGUUGUUUCGUGCCACGUUCACUCGCGCACCCUGUUUCCUCGUCGUAAAUUGACAGCAGAAACGUACUUAACUUUUUAAAUAUCCGGGAAAUAUUGCAUGCGUUUCCCGCGAUUGUUCUACAUGCGACAGACGGAUCGAUCCUUUUCGAUUUGCCACGAAAUAUAUCCACGACAUAAAAGUUUCCAUUCUAAAUUCGUCAAAAUACACAAGUAUAAUCGAAACGCAUUGCCCUGACGAAGCAAGAGUCGAUGGAUAUAAUAAACGAUCAAACGGAAUAACGAAAUAACAGAAACGGGGGCAGGGGAUGAGCUAUAGUCGCAGGUGAUUCUCGUACAACAAAUUCCCUCGUUAAUUAUUCGUGUAACAGAUACAGUUCCCUUUGUAAUCGCAUAAUUGAGAUUACUUGAUCGAAAUUUAGCCGUGACAUGAACAUAUGCCGAGUUGAAACAAAUCCUCGAAUUAUAAUUACACGAUUGAUCGUGACAGUUUUCUCUGUCCGAGAUAAAUGGUUAAUAUUCUCUAUGCCCAUUGAAGCCAGAAAUCACUUUCGCUUGUGUUCCAUUGCGCGCACAAGAUCAUACGAGAGAGCUUGAUAUUGGAUUAUAAAAACGAGGAAAUCAUGUCGACGAAUGUAUACAACGACUCAAGGAUAUCUUCACUAGAGUUUAAUAGCUCGUACAAUGGGACGAUGGUGUCUUCAAACGAAAGCUUCAGAAUGGACAUCACCGAGGAUAUACUUUGGUACUUUUACAACAAGUUUCACAACGAGACUAAUUACUUGUUGAUCAUCCUCUAUGUUCCUGUGAUAGCACUCGCAAUAACGGCCAACGUUCUCGUGAUUGCGGUCGUUUUCAAAUACCACUACAUGCGUAGCGUGACUAAUUAUUUCGUGGUCAACUUGUCAGUGGCGGACCUUUUGGUGACUACGAUUUGCAUGCCUGUGGCUGUCAGUCAAGCAGUCUCUAUAGUAUGGACCCAUGGUGAAAUAAUGUGCAAACUUUCCUCUUACCUUCAGGGUGUUGCAGUCGCUGCUUCGGUUUUUACCAUCACCGCGAUGAGCAUCGACAGAUACUUGGCGAUAAGGAGUCCUAUGGCAUUUCGACGAGUGUUCAAUCGAAGAAGCACUGUUCUCGUAAUCGUGGCUCUUUGGUUGGUCGCUCUAAUCAUCUUUGCUCCUGUUCUCAGAGCGAUGACCCUCCACAGUCCGAGUAUGGAACUUAGCAACAUAUCUUUCCACGGAUCCUGGACAAUGACGAAGAAUAUUUCACAGAAUACUUCUCGUGUCUCUCAUUUACCACCUGUUUUCUACAUUUGUUCGGAAGAUUUUAAGCCUCUGGGCAUUCAGGCGCCUCUUUUCGGUGCUGUGUGCUUUGUGCUGGUUUAUGCGAUUCCAGGUUUCGUCGUAAUACUAUCUUACUCCAUGAUGGGUCGAACACUGUGCGCCCGAAAACCACCUUUUGACUGUGACAGCGUCGAAGGAAGCGCCAGCUCGCAACAGAGUUUCAGGCUGGUACGUGAGAGAAGGCGAAUUGCUUGGAUAUUGCUUCUUUUGGCGGUGUUCUUUGCUCUGUGUUGGUUACCAUAUAACGUCUUAAUGCUACUGAUAGAUCUGGGCGUAGUUGGGGGAAAGACAACGAGAGAUGCUCUUUCCUAUUGCCUGUUUCUGGGACACGCGAAUAGCGCAUUGAAUCCUGUCGUAUACUGUGUUAUGACCCGUAAUUUUCGCCGGAGUAUAUCGGAGAUCCUUUGCUGUGGACCCUAUGGGUUCACUCGUCGAAAACCCCAUCACAGGUGGUUCUGACGUCCUGUUUCAGAGUGCUCAAGGAACUGCCGUGAUCGAUGACAUGUGUGCAGGGUGUAGUGCUAGUAGCACGAUAAGACACGGAUUGUUUCGCAAGCGGAGGAUGUUACCUGGAUGCAG